UAUUGGCUGUGGAUUAUUCUGUUCUUCUUUUUCACGGCAGAGAAAACGUUCAGAAAUAUCUGCUGACACUCAUGAACAUCUCCCAGGAGCUGAUCUCUGUGGGGAACCCCAAGAAGAGUCUGGAGAACGUCUGUGGAUGGUCGUACCUCCAGCACCGGGAGCAGAACCACGCCCAGCAGCACGACCACACCAUCUACCUGACCAGGCAGGAGUUUGGCCCUUCUGGCAUGCAGGGUUAUGCUCCAGUUACAGGAAUGUGUCACUUGCAUCGGAGCUGCGUCCUCGUCUUUGAAGACGGCUUUUCAUCGGCCUUCGUAGCUGCACAUGAAACGGGACACGUCCUGGGCAUGCAGCAUGACGGCGAGGCCAAUGACUGUGCUGCCGACGUGCCUUUGGGCAGCAUCAUGUCCCCGCGGGUUCAGGCCACCUUCCAUCAGUACCACUGGUCCCGCUGCAGCUGGAGGGAGCUGCACACGCUGCUGCACACCUAUGACUGUCUCCGUGACGACCCGUUCAGCCACGACUGGCCGGCUCAGCCUCAGCUGCCGGGUUUCCAGUAUUCACUGGAGCAGCAAUGUGGCUUCGACUUCGGGCCAGGAUACAGCCUCUGUACUGCAUACCCGACCCUUGACCCCUGUAAUCAGCUGUGGUGCAGUGACCACAACAACCCCUUCUACUGUAAGACCAAGAAAGGGCCUCCGCUGGACGGGACCAGGUGUGGCCCGGGGCAGCACUGUUUUAAGGGUCUCUGCAUGAAACUGACCCCAGACCUGCUGAGACAAGAUGGCGGCUGGGGGACAUGGAGUCCGUUUGGCGGCUGCUCCAGGACCUGCGGGGGCGGGGUCGGGUUUCGCGCACGGCGCUGCGACACUCCAGCUCCAGCCAACGGGGGGCGCACCUGCUUCGGAAACAGCUACGAGUUCCAGCUGUGCAGCCAAGAGGAGUGUCCCCCCCUGACUGACUUCAGAGAGGAUCAGUGUAAAGUCUGGAAUCCACUUCUGGAACAUGAAGGCAUCAAACAUCACUGGCUGCCGUACCAACACCCUGACCCUGAUGAGCGCUGUCGGCUCUCCUGCCGGUCCAAGGAGACGGCCGCCGUGGUGUCCUUCAACAGAAUGGUGCAUGAUGGGACGCCAUGCUCCUACGGCGACGCCCACAGCGUCUGCGUCCAAGGAGAGUGUGAGCAUGUCGGUUGUGAUGGACAGAUCGCCUCGGACCAACAGGAGGAUCGAUGUGGAGUCUGUGGAGGAGAUAACUCCAGCUGUAAGAUCAUCAAAGGGAACUUCACCCGCAGCACCAAUAAACCAGGUUACCUAAAGAUCCUGGAGAUCCCCAAAGGAGCCCGGCAUCUGCUGAUCCAGGACUUUAAAGGAACCCCUCACAUCCUGGCACUGACGAACCAGGAGACGGGCCACCUCUUCCUUAAUGAGGAAGACGAGCUGCCCGAAUCCAGAGUGGUGAUCGAGAAGGGUUCGGCGUGGGUGUACAGCAACACCGAGGAGCAAGAGUCCGUCCAGACCACGGGGCCCCUCAAGUACGGAGUGCUGCUCAUGGUCCGUUCCCACGGAGACGCCAAGGUGACGGUAUCCUACAAGUACGUCAUCCAGGAUCGUCUCCUGGCCUCGCUGGAGUCCAACCUGCUGCAGGAGGACGCCAUCUUCUACAAGUGGGCACUAAAGAAGUGGUCGCAGUGCUCCAAGCCCUGUGGAGGAGGGAAACAGUUCACACGGUUCGGCUGCAGAAGGAAGGCUGAUGGGAAAAUGGUUCCGAGGACGUUCUGCUCCGACAUCAACAAACCAAGAGCCAUCAGCCGCGCAUGUAACACCAACACCUGCAGCCCCCCACGCUGGGCGGCCGGUGAGUGGGAGGGCUGCAGUGCCUCCUGUGGCCAGACAGGGUGGCGGCGCCGCUGGGUGUCCUGCCAGCAGCUGUCCAGCAGGGGGCAGCGCUCAGUCCACAGCAAACUCUGCGGUGACGACCGGCCAGAAAUCAAACAAACCUGCAAUCGUUCACCCUGUCCAGCUUCCUGGAGAGCUGGGCCCUGGACCCCGUGUUCAGUGUCAUGCGGGAACGGGACUCAGGAGCGUCAGGUUGCGUGUUUGAGUCCCGAGGGUUCGGUUCAUAACUGCAGUGCUUUUCCACCAAUCAAGACCCGCACCUGCCAGCCUCCCCCCUGCAGCGGCGACCAGAAGAACACCAUCAUUCAGUGGCUGUCCAGGUCCAAUCCAGACUUCCCAGCUCCAAAGAUCUCCUCCAGGCAUCGAUGCCGAGGGGACCGCUCUGUGUUUUGCCGGAUGGAGGCGUUGAGUCGGUACUGCUCCUUCGCUGGGUACCGCCAGAUGUGCUGCAAGUCCUGCAGCAACUCCAGCAACCCUUUAUUACCGACGGCCAACAGUUCCUGGAGUUUAACCACGGAGACGGAGACCUCGUCGUCCUCCUGGUCCGACAUCCCCAGUGACAUCGCCAGCCAGCCGUCUCUCAGCGCCACUGUGACUCCGCCCCCGACCAGCAAGAGCAGCACCGACUUUGUGUACGUGGAGUAUGAGGAUUAUAAGGAGUACUCCACCUACGAGGAUCCUUCUGUUGCCUCAACCCAUCCUCUCAUCAUUCCACUUCCUGCUAGUACCGCUACCACAGCUAGUACUAGUACUGCUACCACUGCUAGUACUAGUACUGCUACCACAGCUAGUACUAGUACUGCUACCACAGCUAGUACUAGUACUGCUACCACAGCCAGUACUAGUACCGCUACCACAGCCAGUACUAGUACUGCUACCACAGCCAGUACUAGUACCGCUACCACAGCCAGUACUACAAGGCGACCAAACAGAACUACUCCCCCACAUUUAUUCAAAUGGAAAACUCCCACAAUGCCCUCUGCUGCAGUCCCCGUGGUCAGCGCUGACGGUCAAAGUUCAACCCCGUCUGCCGUCCCAGACUUCCCGACAACAACGUCAGCUGAUUCUGAUGACAUCAUCACCGCCACUUCCUCGUGGAGCAGAAUGACGGGAGGGAGGAGCCUACCUUCGCUCCCGUCCCGGGUGGUGGGGCUGCACGCCGCCAGAGGACGGACCCUCUUCGUGCCGGCGGCCCGCGAGCGAACGCACAACCGGCGGAUCCAGCAGCUUCUGAACGAGAAGCGACGGAGGGGCCGGACGGACAGGAAGCCCGGAUGAUGGAGAACACGCGAGCUCACCAAGUCUUCACGAGGAACCCAGUCUCAGCUUUGGUUCCUCUAAUCUAGAACCCUGAACUUGAGGCGUGAUGCUCAAAGGUUUCACUGUAUGAAACCAAAUAAUCCCGUUUCUCAAUAAAGCAAAACUUCAUCCA